AUGGCCGCCGUGCUCUCGGACAGUCUUCUGCCGGAGAACGGGUCCGGAGCCCUGCUCGCGCUGUCCGUGUACAUGGUGCACGGCACCACUCAUUUCUUCUCUCUUCCUCUCUGGCGCCGCCGCCCUCCCGCAUAUCCGUCCAGCCAUUCUGCCGCUCGCUCAACAGACGAGCUCGGGCUCUAUGGAGCAACCCUCGCGUCCUCGUCCAACACCCCGAACAUGCGCAUGAGAAACAAAGACCUGCCUCCAACACCCGAGCUCAGUCCUGAGCAUCUCACACCCCCCACUCGUCUAUCUCCGGACGUGCCCUCCCACAACGAAGGAGACGACCCCCACGGCUCGAGAAGGAGGGCGGUCACAAAGUCUGGCGCGCCGUCUCUCGCGUCCUCGCGUGCGUCCUCCGUACAGCCCGUCUCUCGCGCAUCCUACGCGCUCGGGGAGUCUGCGAGUUCGUCUCAGGUUGCCCUCGCUCGCGCCGCGCUUGGCCUUGGCCUCCCCCACGCCUCUCCAUCGACGACUGAGCUCAAUACCAUCUCCUUUGUCCCUCCCUCUCCCAGCACAUCUACCGGACACAUCAGGCCCUCGAACUCCGUGAUGCGGCACGCGAAGAGCUUUUACAAGGAACCAUCUGUGGAUUCUGGAGAUGAUUUGAACGGUUUACCAAGGGAGCGUCGGCGAACGCGCGGACUAUCGCUCGGUCCUCUCAACCUCAUGUCGUCUUCAGACGUCAAAGGCAAGCAGAGGGAACCCGAUAGCCCGGCGGAGCCCAAGCCACUAAGUCGCAAAGGUUCGUUCUGGACUCGAAGGAGAGUUAACUCCCGCCCGGAGCCCUCUGCACCCUCUCCUCCACAAAUUCAACCCACCCUACCUGCGUUUCCCCCCAUAUCUCCCUUUGUUAUCGGUACUCCCACUCCUGGUUCACAUGCCCCAGCACCCUCGACGUCCAAUCUCUCCGCUCCGAAGCAGCCGUCAGAGCUACAACGGAGACAUUCCGAACGGACGCGCCAACAGAGUCACCGAAAAGACGACGGACGGCCUUCGCUCCCAGACGCGCCAACAGUGAUACCGACAACGCCGCUGUACGCGCGCCGAAAGCGUGCAUCGACACGACCGCAGACAGCAGACUCGCCAGGCAGCCCUCGCUUGUCGUUCUUCGCUGAAACACGGCCGCUACAAUCAUCACCUACGUCUUCACCCUUACCUACCCCUCAACACGCGCAACCGCCCCACCCCCACCCUCCUGAGCAGACGUCGCCCCCGCCCCCACAGCGAACCCGAGCCCACACAAAUCCUCCCCUCCUUCACCGCCUGUCUGUCAACUUGUUUGGCGGAUCAUCGUCAAAUACCCCCACCCCGACAACCUCAAGCUCGCCCAACCUGCCAGACCCGGCCGUGACGUCACCUCCAUCCAGUCUCGGGUCUGCCCGCCCGUCGUUAUCCAAGCCGUCAAUAGAAAUACCCAGACCGAGGCUGGUUGACGUUGUCAGCAAAGCUGAGAUCGCCGGGAUACUUGCGUCUAGUGCCGACGAGUUUCACUCACGAGCGCUCCGUGCUUACAUCGAGCGUUUCAAUUUUGUCGGCGAUCCCGUUGAUGUUGCCGUUCGGAAGCUGCUUAUGGAAGUGGGUCUUCCGCGCGAAACGCAGCAAAUAGACCGAGUCGUCGAGGCGUUCGCUGCGCGAUAUGUCCAGUGUAAUCCUAACUUAUUCUCAUCCGAUGACCAUCCAUAUAUCCUAGCAUUUAGCCUUAUAAUGUUGCAUACGGACGCCUUCAACAAGUCCAAUAAACGAAAGAUGACGAAAGCGGAUUAUAUCAAGAAUGCCCGACUACCAGGUGUAGCUCAUGAGGUUCUCGACUGCUUUUAUGACAACAUCGUCUUUGCUCCGUUCAUUUUCAUCGAGGAUCCCCUGGACGCUACCGGACAGCGCGGUUUGAUCCCUGAGGCCAUCUCCCGACGCAUGUCCACAAUCGGAACCCCGUCGCCUGGCGGCUCUGGCACUAACCUGCUCGGGAAGAACAACAAGAUCGAUCCCUACUAUCUCAUCGCGCGAAACUUACUUGGAGAUCUGAAAGUGGACGUCUAUUCGUUCAUUCCUCCCGAAAGCCCCUACUUCUACCAGGGUACUGCCGGCGCCUGGAACGAGGAUGAGUUGCAACGCGCUUUCGCCGUCGCAACCAUGGUCGAGGUCACCGGGAUGGAGAACAAGUACAUGGGGACUCCGUGGUUUGGCAUGAGCGUGGCCGGCGGACCCGGGCCGAUUUUCCAGCCGGCACUCAGCCCGCUUCCCUACUCACCGUCGAACCUCGCAAACGGCGUGUCGUUCAUCAAGGUGACCAAGGUCGGUCUCCUCUUACGCAAGGACGACACGACCGAGGGUGGACGCCGUGCCAUCAGCCGGAAGUGGAGGGAGUGGGCGGUCGUGCUGACCGGAUCACAAAUACUGUUCCUCCGGGACGCGUCGUGGAUCGGCAACCUGCAGACGCAAGGGGAGGCGACGAACGGCCAGGUGGUUCUCCCGCAGAACUCGUUGCCACAGCCCGAUGAGCUGGUGUCCCUGCGCAAUACAGUCGCGGUAUUCGACAAGUCGUAUGCCAAGUACCCCAACACCCUGCGACUCGUACUCCCAGAUGGUCGUCAGUACUUGCUGCAAGCACACGACGAAGCAGAUAUGAACGCGUGGAUCGCUCGCAUCAACUACGCCAGCGCGUUCAAGUCAGCCGGGGUGCGAAUGCGCACGCUGGGGUUGUCGAGCAAGGAUAUCGAGCUCACUGGAUACGCCGCGGCAGCGUCACACCUCAACGACGUGAGGCACCUCGACAAAGGCGCGCCUUCUCCCGUGAUCCGCACUUGGAACGGACGCCUGUCGGGGGACAUCCCUCGCGGGAGCGGACCGGAGCCGGAGCCCACAUCGCCCGUGGAUCUUCACGGGCGGCAGACGUCGGUCGGGUCAGUCGGGUCGGACCUCAACUCACCGCCGUUGGAAAACACGUCUCGGCUCUUCAAGGCUACCUUCGACGAAGUGAAGACCGAACUCGCGACGGGCAAAUUCCGCACCCCCGACGACGUCAUGAGCAUCCGCUCGGUGCGCAAACGUGCAUACAGCCUCGAGUCCACCCUCGGCUCGCCCUCAAAUCCUGCCGGCCUGCCCCCCUCACACUCGCAUUCUCACUCCCAAGCCCCCGUCACCGCCAACGGCGCUGCAAACGGACAUCCACCGAGCUCCUCUAAACCCCGCAUAUCGUCCCGCCCUGAGGUCGUGCGCGCCAAGGUGGCAGACAUUGAGGAGCGCCUCGAACAAGCACGUACCCAACUCGACACGGACAUGCGCUUCAUUCGCAACGUCGCUGUCCUCACGCCGUUCCAACGCGCGACGCGCGACCGCCUGCAGACGGCCGUUCAGGGCGUCGCCAAACACGUUAUGCAGGUUCGCCUUGACGUCGAGCGGCUCGUGUGCCACCGCGACGUGCUCCUCCAGGAUCUCGCCGCAGAGCAGCGCGACUGGCGGCGGACGAAGCACCUGGCCCUCCGCGCCGCCACGCAACGGCUCGUGACACAGCGUGAGGCCGAGCAGGCGGCACGAGAGCGGGAGGCGGAGCGGGAGCGUACGGCCCGGCCCCCGACGUUGACGCUCUCCGAGUAUGUGACGCGCACUGGGCACGGCCUGUCGUCGUCGUCGUCUACGCCGCUCUCGAUCUCCCGACGGCCGAGCGCGGGCUCGCGCAGGGACCAGCAGGAGGAGUCGUUCGCAGAGUCCUUCCAUUCCGCACUUUCCGGAGGUGCAGACUGGCAUCCUCGCUCGCUUGACCCGACGCUGCUACUGGGCUCGCCCGUGCUGUCGCCAUCGCCCGAGUCGCGCACGUCGGAAUCGUCGCUGCCUCCGCGCGAAUCCCCCACGCGGCACUCGAUGGAGAGCACGGUGAGCACGGACGAGCAGCACGACGGCCCGCGGACGGGGACGCUGCACGAGAAGUUCUACACGGCGUCGGAGAUGCCGGAAGAGCAGGCGGAGGAGUGGCACAAGACGCGGGCGGCGAAGCGCGUCUCGCUCGUGAAGCUCCCGUCAGACCUCCGCAUCUCGAUGCUGUUUGGCAAGCACAGCUCGAUCGGCCCCACGCCCGAGGACUCGACGGGGACGGGGACGGGGACGGGGACGGGGACGGGGACGGCCGAGGACUCGACCGCGCUCACGCGACGGCAGAGCCUGUCACAGCCCUCGAGCCCGUACACGCGCCAGCCGAGCGCCACGGUCGCGAUGCUUGAUACGUGA